AGGGCAACACAACACAUCAGGAGCAUGCACACAGCAAACAUCCCAUCAGCUUCAGACAUUGAUCCUGGCACCUGACCUCUGCAGCAUCAGCACCAGAAGAAGAAGCUGAUCGUUCCUUCUCUCAGAAACUGAAAGCAGUAGCACAUCAUCAUCACAACAGUAGGAGGCGAGCAGAUCACAUCAUACACUGGACUUUCAUCGCGUACAUACUUAGAUCUGUUUCCUAAACCACACUGGGAAUGGACAGCUGUCUCUGAACUUAAUCAGCAAAACUUUUUCAGGACACACUGGACUGAUAAAAAGUUAUGUGCUCGUUUAUUUAUACGCACACAUUCCUUUACACUAGACGUAAAGUGUAAAGCAUUUUCUUUUCUUUUAUGGCUAUUUAAUGCCUGUAGCUGAAUAUCCAAAAAGAAAAGGCAUGUUAUUUACGCGUUUUACAGUUAAAAUAAUGUUAGGAUACUUUGAUUUAAGAUUUUAGGAGUUAGCGCGUCACUUCAUGGUAAGCUUUCAAAACCGACAAUUAUUAGUCAAAAUUGUCUCACAAGCAGUCAGAUGGACAGUUAGACCAUUGAUAUAUUGGAGGAUAUGGUUAAAUAAUACGAUUUUUAAGGAAGUAUACAUAAUCUCGGAUCCGUCAGGAAAUCUUGGAGAGCUUGAAACUUUUCCGCGUAAAAGCGCACAGGACGCGCAAAGAGGCGGCAGUCUGCGAGCACCAUCAUCACCAACCCAGGAAACAAGACGUAGAAUGGUUGAUAAGCUUGUUUCCAUCACUAAUGGGAUUGUGCUGCUGUGAUUUGUCGGACCGGAGGGAAGGUUGAUCCACACACACUCGUUUGGUGCAGCAUCGCGGUGCGCGCUCGGGGAUGAUCAGGAUCUUCCCGGAUUUCAGUGUUCAGGUGACGGCGGCGGCGGCUGCAGGUGCGGGAGCCGGUGGAGGAAUGCCGGCUGCGUCAAGAGUCCCGGGAGCUACUAACGGAAACCCGCAAAACCUCCAAGGCUUGACGUCUUACCAACAAAGCGAGCCAUACUGGGAGAGGUCUGCUAAUGCAAGCUCCUGCUCCGCCACUAGGCCCAAGACACUCCACCUUGGAGGGCAACAACAUACCUCAUCACCAUGGUUGCAGGCUCUGAGAAAGGAGAAGUCACGUGAUGCCGCUCGCUCGCGCCGGGGGAAGGAAAACUUCGAGUUCUAUGAGCUGGCAAAGAUGCUUCCGCUCCCCGGUGCCAUCACCAGCCAGCUGGACAAGGCCUCCAUCAUCCGCCUCACCAUCAGCUACCUUAAGAUGAGGGACUUCGCCAACCAGGGGGACCCGCCGUGGAACCUGCGCAUCGAAGGACCACCGCCCAACACCUCAGUCAAAGCUAUCGGCUCCCAGCGGAGGCGGAGCCCCAGCACCGCUGCCGCAGAGAUCUUUGAGCCUCACCUUGGCAGCCACAUCCUGCAGUCCCUGGAUGGAUUUGUAUUUGCACUAAACAAGGAGGGGAGGUUUUUGUACAUCUCAGAGACAGUGUCGAUAUACCUGGGGCUUUCACAGGUAGAGCUGACGGGCAGCAGUGUGUUUGACUACGUUCAUCCGGGCGAUCAUGUGGAGAUGGCCGAGCAGCUGGGCAUGAAGCUUCCGCCGGGCCGAGGGCUGCUGUCUCAGGGCGGCGGGGCCGAGGACGGGGCCAGCUCUGCCUCCUCUUCCUCUCACUCUGAGACACCUGAGCCAGUGGAGUCGAACAGCCCUAGUCUUCUGUCACCGGAUAACAUUCUAGAACGCUCCUUCUUCGUCCGAAUGAAGUCCACGCUCACCAAGAGAGGCGUCCACAUCAAGUCCUCUGGAUACAAGGUUAUCCACAUUACCGGCAGGCUGCGGAUAAGAAUGGCAUUAACACACAGUCGUUCGGUACCCAAUCAAAUCAUGGGCAUGGUUGUGAUGGCACACGCACUUCCUCCGCCAACCAUCAAUGAGGUUCGAAUCGACUGCCAGAUGUUUGUUACACGGGUCAACAUGGAUCUCAACAUUGUUUAUUGUGAAAACAGAAUCAGUGACUACAUGGACCUGACACCUGUCGACAUCGUAGGGAAGAGAUGUUAUCACUUCAUUCACGCAGAGGACGUGGAAGGCAUUCGGCAAAGCCAUUUAGACCUGAUGAAUAAAGGUCAGUGUGUGACAAAGUAUUACCGCUGGAUUCAGAAGAAUGGAGGCUAUAUCUGGAUCCAGUCCAGUGCCACUAUUGCAAUCAACGCCAAGAAUGGCAAUGAAAAAAACAUCAUCUGGGUCAACUACGUACUCAGUAAUCCAGAGUACAAAGAUACACCCAUGGAUAUCGCACAGCUGCCUAACCUGCCAGAGAAAGCAUCAGAGUCCUCAGAAACAUCUGAUUCUGAAUCCGACUCCAAGGAGAACUCUGAAGACAAUGAAAACUUCAAGACAGAUGGAAAAGGGAAUCAGUCUUCUGAGAACAGUGAAGAUCCAGAGUCGAACAGUAAGAAACAGAUGGGCCAGCCGCCAGAGCAAGAGAUGAGACGACAGGAGGAAGGAGACAGUUCCAGCAAUCCAGAAAGUCAGGACAGUGAUGAUAGUCUGGAACCUUCUGACUGUGAAACUGACAACAAGGAGGGCCGCCUGGGUGGUUUACACAUAAAGGUGGAGUGUUAUGGUGAUGGUGAGGUGGAGGAGCUACAGGACUCGCCCUCCUCUUGCUCCUCCUUCUCCUCCUCAGAAGAGGAUGAGGUGGAAGAUAUUGUGAAGGACUGCAACAGUGGAGGAGAGCUGAGCGGACCAGCAAUGAGUAAACACCAGAAGAGAAAGAAGAGGAGAAAAAAGCAGAAAUGGGAUGGAAGUCGACAACGUCUCCGUCUUUCUCCCUCGGCGGCUGCUACCCCCAGCCCUGGCAGCCUGAACCCCACCCUUGGAGACCAGCCUCCCCUCCUGCUUCCACCCUCCCCAACCAAUUCCUCUGUGCUGAAGAUCAAGACUGAGAUGUCAGAACCUAUAAACUUUGACAACGACAGCAGCAUCUGGAACUACCCACCCAACCGAGAGAUCUCCUGCAACGAGUCUCCCUACAGCAUGACAAAAACCCACAACACCUUCCCUUCUCCUCCACACGCUGGCCUGCAGGUGUCCAUCCCAGACUCAGUCCUUACUCCACCUGGUGCCGAGGGUGGAGGAGGCGACAGAAAGCCCAACUUCAAUGGCAACAGUAGCAGCGGCAACAAUAACAGUGCCCCCACCUCUGUGUCCAGCGCAACUCCGGGCAGCUUGGUUCCUCCUUCCAGUUCCACUACUGCUGACCCGCUCUCCCCACCUCUGUCAGCCUCGCCUCGGGACAAGCAGCAGGGUACACCCACCUCCUCUGGUUCCCUGCUCUACACCAGUGACCUGGAAGCCCUGCAGAGGUUACAAGCGGGGAACGUGGUACUUCCAUUGGUGCACAGAGUCACAGGCACGCUUGCUGCCACCAGCACAGCUUCCCCGCGAGUCUACACCACUGGAACGAUCCGAUAUGCCCCAGCAGACGUCAACCUGGCCAUGCAGGGCAACAUCUUGCCAAAUGCUCACAGUGCUGUGAACUUCGUGGAUGGGCCCGGCUUCGGCAUAGACCCUAAGACACCCAUGGAGAUGCUGUACCAUCAUGUGCACCGGCUCAACAUGUCCACCCCCUUUGGGGGUGCGGUCAGCGGAGCCGGGCUCACACAGAUGCCAACUGCAAAUGUCUUCACCACAGCAGAGGGACUUUUCUCCACGCUUCCGUUUCCAAUCUACAGCAAUGGCAUCCACAACACACAGACUCUGGAGCGCAAGGAGGAUUGAAGCAAAACAUUGAGACCAUAUUACUGUGUUCAACUGUGUUAAAAAGACUUCUGAGGCAAAAGACUGUGUAUCAAAGUUGGGGAAAAGUGAGAUGUUCUAGCACUUUGAAUUUUGAGCAAUUGGGCUUGUGUAACUGAAGUGAAUGGGUUUUUCUUCCUGUGUCUUUCUAUCUCUUCGAAUUUCUCUUUCUUCUUUCUGGCCUCCUUACACAAGUUCUUGAUGACGGUUUCUCUAAACAGACUAAACAGACUUAUCUCUAUUGUAAAGAGUUCCUUCUGAGCCACAGGGAAUUCAUAGCACUGUAGCGUAUGUUUUCUCUGUGGUAAAAUAUUUGUCCAGAGUAUGUAGCAUCCUCAUUCGGAUGUCUUAAAGGUAUUAGAAAAAGAAAACUGACAAGAAAAGAAACUGUUUAUGUUUCUAAAGGUAUCUUGGUGUAAUUGAGAUUGAAGCUGACAAAAGGAUGUUACUCUAUUUGAUGUAGUUCAAAGGGUUUUGCGGUUCUUUCUAAAGGGGGAAUAGUAUUUUAGAAAUAAUGCUUUUUCUUAGUUUUUUUGUUUUUGUUUUUUAUAGCUCAACUUAACUGGCAAAUCAUGCAUUUUAAAAAAGCAAUUUUAGCCGGAUAUUGACCUGUGAAUAGAAUGUUACUAUAAAAUCCCAGGACAUGGAACAGGUCAGUGUGAGAUUUUUCCAGUUCUAUCUUCUGUUUGCAGAUCCAUGGUGCUAUCAUUGAGUUAACCUUAUUCAGCUGGCUGAUGUAGGUACUGUUCCGGAACUCCAGACAAAUGGCAGUUUUAGAUCUUUUCAACAGAAAAGUCAAACCUCUAACAGAUUAUUAUUAUUAUUUUGUUUUUUGUUUAUUAUGUUCAUCACUUACACGUGAGCACAGGAGAGUAUUUUAGCUCAAUCUGAUUGAGUCUAUAGAGGGAUACAGAAAAGUUGUUUGUUUGUUUGU